CUAAAAACAUUUCCACCCACAAACCCCAUAUAUAAAUACCUGCUCACUGUAUAAUUCAAAUACAGCACAAUCAAUUUGUGUAACAAAGCAAAAUCAAAUUGUCAUAGUAAUUAUCAGUUUUGACAAAUGGAGAAGAAGGGUGCUGGAGGAAGGAAGGGUGGAGGUCCUAAGAAGAAGCCAGUUUCCCGAUCUGUAAAGGCGGGGUUGCAGUUUCCAGUGGGUAGAAUUGGACGUUAUUUGAAAAAAGGGAGGUAUUCUCAACGUGUUGGUACUGGUGCUCCUGUUUAUCUUGCUGCUGUGCUUGAGUACCUUGCUGCUGAGGUUUUGGAAUUGGCUGGAAAUGCAGCUAGAGACAACAAGAAGAACAGAAUAAUACCAAGGCAUGUUUUGUUAGCUGUGAGGAACGAUGAAGAACUCGGGAAACUCCUAGCUGGUGUAACCAUUGCUCAUGGUGGUGUGCUUCCCAACAUCAAUCCAGUUCUUUUGCCUAAGAAAUCUGACAAAGUCGGAAAAGAACCUUCUAAAUCCCCAUCCAAGGCUACCAAGUCACCAAGAAAGGCAUAAAUUCUGAAUUUCCAACUUGUUUGGUGAUGUGAUGUUCUAUUAUGCUUGAUGGACAUUGUACUAAAGUUGUAUGAUUUAGGGGUUGUGACUUGUUUUGUUUUAAUAAUCUGUUUAUUGUAGGUAGUUUUCGGGUAGCUGCUGCUGCUUGUAGUAGGUUUAGAAGUUUGUUGAAAACUAGGAACAGUUUAUUUGUUUUAUGUUUUGUAAAACAAAUGAUUUGCAGUUUGUGAAAGUACUUUGGUUCAAAAUA